AUGCCAGACACCGACCUCGUCCUGCACUUCCGCGUCGCAACCGCAGACGAUCUACCUCUCAUCCACCCACUCGUGGAAUCCGCCUAUCGUGGGGAUGAGAGCCGGCUCGGCUGGACGACAGAAGCAGACCUCAUCUCCGGCACCCGCAUCGACAAGGCAGGCCUCCUCGCCAAGAUCACCGACCCUGCCGGCGCCGUCCUGCUCGCCACCACAACGACGACGACCACCACCACCACCACCAACGAAACCAACGCCCCAACCAACGAGGAACUCAUCGCCUGCUGCGAGGUGUCCCAGCGCGACGACGACGCCGCCCAGACGGCCCACUUCGGCAUGUUCGCCGUGUCGCCGCGGCGGCAAGGGGGCGGGGUCGGGCGGCGGGUGCUGGCGCACGCCGAGGCCUACUGCGCGCGGGCGUGGGGCGCGGCCCGCCUCGAGAUGACCGUCAUCGCGUCGCGCGCCGAGCUGCUCGCCUGGUACGCCCGCCGCGGCUACCGGCCCACCGGCGCCCACCGGCCCUUCCCCGCCGACGAGCUCGCGCGUCUGGGCGGGGUCGCGCUGGUGGGCGACUUGCGGUUUCUGGUGCUGGAGAAGGAGUUGGGGGUUGUGGGGUGA